UGUUUGUUCCCUGAGUAUACAGUAAUCAUGUUGUUGUCUACAGUGAUUUCAAGCACGUGACCACCAAGGUUUCCCUAUUCUUUUUUCCACGCCUUGCUGUUCCUUUCCGCUGAGCACUGACCCGCAACAAGAAAUCUCCGGUCAGCGUUCUAGAACAUCGUUGAGGUCCGUUCUCGUGCUGGUACUUGAUACAUGUCAAGCAUGUUGUCCUGAGCAUGCGAUCAAGUGGACAUCUUAGCCAUCGCCAUGGGCAUAAGCCGUUUCAUCACAGAUCAUCAAAUCGGAGCACAACUGACACUCAAGGAAAUGCUCAAAGUCCCGAAACAACUUCAAUCCGGUCUGACGGAGCCACGCUUUUCAUAGAGGACCGCAAAGGAGAUCGGCGAAACCUGGAGUAUGCGUCUGCGGAUCGCUAUGCUAUUCCACGAUACUACGCAGCAGGCAAUGGUGGCUUGAUCGGGUUGGAUCGAAAGUAUCGCAUCACAUCACGGUCUGAAAGUCGUCGCGAAGUCGAGAAUGUUGAGCUCGAUUCCACCAGGAGGCCACGUAGACAAUCCUUGCUCACGAGGCCUGUCGGCGAAGAUGAACCAAACGUAAAGCUGUCAUCCCAUUCCAACAACAGCGACGAUCUGCACGAUGACUUUAUCACAUUCGAAGACAGCCGGCCGCGAAAGAAGCGGCGAACAUCGGGCCAAAGUCUCCCGUAUUCUUCUUCCCAGGAAAGUAGCGACGAGUCCGAUGUAGAUACCGAUCAAAUUAGCACCCAUGACGAAUCUACAGACGCCUUCGACGCUUUCAAGAACGAUCCCACCCAUCGUCGUUAUCUAGAGCUUUCUAGAGCUACGGCCGAAAGUCCCACGAAGCCUGAAGUGUGGCUUGCCUUUAUUGAUUAUCAAGAAACCUCGUUCAAUGGCCGACAACGUGCUCGGGAUAUAGGAACUGCUUCCUCGCGGAGCCUCGCGGAGCUGAGAAUCUCCCUUUACGAAAAGGCACUAUCUCAUGUCAGAGACCUCAAAGGCCGCCAUACCUUGAUACUCGGGCUGAUGCGCGAAGGCAGUCAGGUCUGGGACGUGCAGAAACAGACUGCGCAAUGGGAGACCUUUCUUGACAAGGACGCAUCGUUCGACCUGUGGGCCCUUUACCUGAAUUUCGUGCAGGGAAAUGCGCUGCGCUUCAAAAUGGAAACGUGCCUGGAAGUUUACAAACGGUGCUUGCAGAAGUUCGAAAGAGGUACAGAUGAGCAUGUCAGGGAUUCACAAUGCAUCUACCUCAUCUUGCGUAUGACGGUGUUUCUGUGGGACGCUGGUUAUACCGAACAAGCUGUUGGGAUGUGGCAAGCCAUGCUCGAGUACAACCUCUUCCGGCCCAACCUCAUAACAGCAAAUGACCUUAUUCCAGCCUUGGAGCAAUUUUGGACGGGCGAGGUACCCAGGAUUGGAGAAGAAGGAGCUGCUGGUUGGUCAUCAAAUACCAAUGUGGAAGUCAAAGAAAACGCCGACAAGCAACACCCGACGCUCCAAGCUCUCGAUUUUGCCUCAUGGGCAGCAGCCGAAUUUGAUCUUGAUCGAAAUGCAGGUCUCCCAGCAAGAACUUUGGACGAUGUAAGCGACGACGAUCCGUACCGAGUCCUCUUAUUCUCAGAUCUCAGCGAUUUCCUUUUCUCUAUCAAUGCGGAAAAAGGUAUCAGGCUCCUUCAGGAUGCUUUCCUCCUAUUCGUUGGGCUGCCGCCACUAACGACAUCAUCUGAAUCCAGAAGCUGGAAACAUGAUCCUUUUGUCUACGGUCGAACACCCAGCUCAUCGAGGUUUGCUCCACUGCUCAGCAGUGAAAAAGAAAUGCCCAGCCCCUCAGUCGUCUUACCAGAAAUAUAUUUCACAAUCAGGGCGGUCAUUUCUCCUCCGAACUCCGCCUUGCCGGCUGCUGGCAGAGUAGCUGGUGUGUAUUUGGACUUCGUCCGCCGAGCCGUUCUGCAGUUGACAUCGUCUCCCAUCUAUGGCCGGUCUGAUGAACUAAUGAUGGAAUAUGGUGUCGCUAUCGAAGCUGCCAUUGAUUUGAAAUCUGCUCGCAAGAUGGCUCGGGCUUUUCUAAAGCGAAAGCCCGACAGCAUGCGGCUAUACAACAUCUACGCCCUGCUUGAGUGCCAGCUUGAUAAUUUUGGUGCUGCAGAGAAGGUAUGGUCGACUGCACUAUCUAUGCAAAAAGCCCUGAAACCAGACGCUACACGGCAAGCUUUCGUUCUAUGGCGUGACUGGGCGUAUUCAUGCAUGUUUUUGAAGAAGUUCCAUCAAGCCAGAGUUCUUCUCAGUAUGAUAGCAGACGCAAAUUUCGACCCCGCCGAGAUCCUAGUUGCACAGGAGGAGGCUCCCUCGCCUGCCACUCAGAUCGAGGUUGAACAACAUAUCAAGUCCGCGUUUGAGGCUUGCCGACUUUCAGCUCAAAGCGAUCUGCUUCCAGUUCUAGUUGACCUGCUUGCUAUCGCAAAAUAUCUCAACAAUGGGCUCUGUAUUGACUCAGCAAUGGGAGCCUAUGAUGCGGCCGUAGAAACAAUCGCCAGCUCGCCGACGGUAGGUCGUGGUGUGAUUGAGACCAUACAUGAGUGCCGAGCACGACUACUUCACGCCCAUGCGACGAUGUUUGGACAGCCAUUUAAGCCCAGGGAACUUUGGCAGAUACUGUCUGAGUCUAUCCGAAGUUGUCCAGAUAAUGUUGAUCUUCUUUUAUUACAACACUUCUACUCACAGAAAGCUGGUCUGGUAGACCGCCUUCGACAGGUGGAAUCUAGCGCAGUCGAGAACCACUCGCCAGCUGAAAGGAGCAAAAACGUCAUUCCAUGCGUGUUCGAUGUGGUUGUUGAACUCAAUCGGCCUUAUUACUCGGGAAGCACGAAUCACAGCAUUCGGGCGGCUUUUCGGCGGGCUACAGAAAAAGUAUCAGCUGGCCAUGAUUGCGUGGGGCUGUGGAAGGCAUACGUGCUGUGGGAACUAUCCUUGCUCAACAACGGCUCAUAUCCAAAGGCAAAGUCAAUAGCCACCGAGGAAGGGAGGCGACCUCGACGUAAUGAGCUUAUAGACACUGUGUAUGCCUCAUUGCGAGCUUGCCCUUGGCCAAAGGAGCUCUACAUGCUUGUUUUCGCCGAUGAGGCUCUGAGGGACACCAUUGGCACCGAGGGUCUGAAACGCUUGGCUGAGAGUAUGCUGGAGAGGGGUCUGAGACUGCAUAUCGACUUCUCGGACUGGUUUCUAUGAAAGCCUGGAUAAGCGUCUAGAAUGCCUGAAUGAUAACGAGGCUGAGAGAGGCUGACAAGGCUGAGGCUUGACUCGUAGAUCUGAAUGAAAUGUUUUUAAUGACUCGCUAUUUCCGACUA